AUGGAGAAGCAGACUAACCAAAUCAUCUUCUCCAUAUUUUCUCUUCUUCUUCUGUUUUCUUCAUGUGUCUCUGCUCAGCUCCGGACAGGUUUCUACCGGAACUCAUGCCCGAACGUUGAAAACAUUGUCCGUAACGCCGUCCGUCAAAAAUUCCAGCAGACUUUCGUCACCGCUCCGGCCACUCUCCGCCUCUUCUUCCACGAUUGCUUCGUUCAAGGAUGUGAUGCUUCGGUAUUGAUAGCCUCUCCGGCGGAGAAAGAUCAUCCAGAUGACAUAUCAUUGGCCGGAGACGGAUUCGAUACGGUGGUGAAGGCAAAGCAAGCCGUUGAUAGCAAUCCAAACUGCCGCAACAAAGUCUCAUGUGCUGACAUUUUGGCUCUCGCUACUCGUGAAGUCGUCGUUUUGACCGGAGGACCGAGCUAUCCGGUGGAGCUAGGGAGGAGAGAUGGCAGAGUAUCUACAAAGGCAAGCGUUCAAAACAAUCUGCCACAACCCGGUUUUAACCUAAACCAGCUCAACAGCAUGUUCAACCGUCACGGUCUCUCUCAAACCGACAUGAUCGCUCUCUCAGGAGCUCACACUCUCGGAUUCGCACAUUGUGGGAAGUUCUCAAAGCGUAUUUACAAUUUUAGCCCUAGAACCGCUAUCGACCCGAGUUUGAACCGUGGGUACGCGCUUCAGCUCCGGCAGAUGUGUCCGGUCCGGGUCGACCCACGGAUCGCGAUCAACAUGGACCCCACCUCGCCACGUACUUUCGACAACGCGUACUUCAAGAAUCUCCAACAAGGGAAGGGUUUAUUUACGUCAGACCAAGUCUUGUUCACAGAUCAACGGUCUAGAAAUACAGUGAACUUGUUCGCCAACAACGAAGGAGCUUUUAGGCAAGCUUUUAUCUCUGCGAUCACGAAACUGGGUCGGGUCGGGGUCAAGACUGGCAAUGCUGGUGAGAUCCGAAGGGAUUGUUCACGUUUCAAUUAG